AUGCCUCCACCAUCUGCAAACCAGCAGAAGGUUCUCAUCGCCCAGUUCGUAUCUCUGACUGGCCAAACAGAGCGACAAGCCACCCGUUACCUCAAGAAUGCGGGCUUCAAGCUAAACGAAGCGGUUGAUGCAUACUUUGCCUCUAGCGGAGAUAGCAAAGGACCAUCACCAUUGGAAACAAAGCUGGAUGCGUUGUUUGAUCAGUUGCAAGAUACCAACGAUGAAAAGGAUAAAUUGGAACUCGAAUCCACAAUGUCCUAUCUCACGGAUAAGCUGAAGGUCAGCAUUGAAAACGCCGAGCUGCUUGUUGCCCUUGAACUUCUCCAGGCUCCUGCGGUUGGAAUAAUCACCAGAAGAGGCUAUGUUGAUGGCUGGAAAGUGACCGGAGCUGGGACAACACACCAGGAGCAUGCUGCCCACCUCCGCAAACUAAUCAAGUCUCUUUCCUCCGAUCAAGCACUUUUCAAGAAGGUUUACAGACAUGCCUUUGUUGCUGGCCGAGAGACCGACCAGAAAGCUCUCAGCCUUGAAAACGCUUUCGUGUACUGGGAGAUUCUGUUCACGCCCCCCGGCAUGGAAUGGAAGACGUCAAACCACGACUGGCUUCAACUGUGGAAGGAUUUCCUGAAAGCCAAGUGGACCCGUUCAGUUAACAAGGACAUGUGGAACAUGACUCUUGAAUUUGCUCUUAAAUCACUGUCUGAUGAGUCGCUAUCGUUCUGGAACGAGGAUGGUGCCUGGCCCAGUGUCAUUGACGACUUCGUGGAAUGGUGUCGCGAGAAUGGCAUCGCUAAGACCGAUGGCAUGGACGUUGACCACUAG